AUGAGGUUCAGAAAGGCGAUCCGAUCUCGGCUGCCCCAAAUAUCUCCAACCGAGAGGAGGCAAGUCGAGUUUCAAGGAGCAAACCAAAGGGAAGAACGCGCGACGCUGUCUUCUCCGUCAGCUGAGCAUGACGACGCACACUCUAAGGAGGGCAUUACUGAGGCCAAGCCACCUCCAGCUUGUGGCCGAUUGAUCUCCUCUGCCCGAAUUGUGGGAGGUUUUGAGGCUGAGGUGGGUUCAUGGCCAUGGCAGGCCAGCAUACAGAUUUUAGGCUCACAUCAGUGUGGGGGUACUCUCAUUGCCUCAAGCUGGGUUCUUACAGCAGCACAUUGCUUUAGCAGUUGCUCAGAUCCCUCUCUAUUUGUCAUUCUUUUGGGAGCCUACAAUCUCUCCUAUCCGGGACCAGAGUCAAUACUAGUGAAUGUGAAGCAAAUUAUUGUCCACUCCAACUAUUCUGGGUUCACAAAAGGCAAUGAUAUUGCACUGAUGGAACUGAAGAGCCCUGUGAAUUUCACCCAGCAUAUCCAGCCUGCCUGUUUCCCAGGACCUUCCAUUGUCUUCCCUCCCAGAUUGGGUUGUUGGGUCGCAGGCUGGGGGAACAUUGAAUCAGAAGUCCCACUUCCUGAACCCGGACUUUUGCAGGAAGUGCUUCUUCCCCUUGUGGACAGGGCUACCUGUGAGGCUCUUUACAGUGACCUUAAAGUGCCCUGGAUAGAGAAUGUAAUAAAAGAUGACAUGAUAUGUGCAGGCUACAUGGAAGGAAAGAAGGAUGCUUGCCAGGGGGACUCGGGGGGACCAUUGCUUUGCCCAUGGGAUGGAGCCUGGGUUUUGGCUGGUCUAGUGAGCUGGGGAGAUAUCUGUGCUGCCCCCGAACGCCCUGGUGUCUACACCCGGGUUAGCGCCCACAGCAGUUGGAUCUUGGGACAUGCUCCAGAAGUAGAAUCCAGUUUCAUUAAUGCUGCCCCUAGCAAUGGAUGUUUCUGGUUGCUGAUGCUAAUAUUGCUACGCUUCCUUCACUGAUU